AUGAGUUCAAGAAUUGGAGCCUUUAUGCUCCUGAUCUUCCUUUUCUUCCAAGUUUUUUCUGUUUCUUCUCUCACAAAUGGUUUUGACGGUUCUGCUUUACAAGCCCUGAAGGCUGAAUGGACCAAGCCUCCUAGUAGUUGGGAAGGCGCUGAUCCUUGUGGAACCAGUUGGGUUGGAAUUACAUGUAGCAAUGACCGUGUAGUUUCAAUAUCACUAGGUAACCUUAACGUGGAAGGAAAGCUUUCCGGGGAUAUUGCAGCCUUGUCUGAACUGCAGAUCUUGGAUUUGUCAUACAACACUGGAUUGACUGGACCACUUCCACCAAAUAUUGGUGAACUUAAGAAGUUGAAGAAUUUGAUCCUUGUGGGAUGUAGUUUCACUGGUCAAAUCCCUGAGUCCAUUGGGCAACUAGAACAACUUAUAUAUCUCUCCCUAAAUUUAAAUCAAUUCAGUGGAACAAUUCCGGCUUCCAUUGGACGGUUAUCGAAACUAUAUUGGUUUGAUAUAGCUGACAAUCAGAUUGAAGGAACGCUUCCAGUUUCUAAUGGGACUUCUUCACCUGGACUUGACAUGCUUCUUGAAACUAAGCAUUUCCAUUUUGGGAAAAACAAGCUGUCGGGCGAUAUCCCAGAAAAUCUUUUCAGCUCAAACAUGACUUUGAUACAUGUGCUAUUUGAUGGGAACCAAUUCACGGGCAGAAUUCCGGACACACUCAGCCUCGUUAAAACGUUGACAGUGUUACGCCUUGAUAGGAAUAAACUAACUGGAAAUAUUCCUACAAGUCUUAAUAAUCUUACAAGUCUUCAAGAACUGUACUUGGCCAACAACAAAUUUACUGGCACACUUCCAAAUCUAACCAGCUUGACCAGUCUCUACACAUUAGAUGUGAGCAAUAACACUUUAGAAUCCUCACCUAUUCCAUCAUGGAUCUCUACAUUACGCUCCCUGGCAACAUUAAGGAUGGAAGGAAUGAAACUUAAUGGUUCGAUACCAAAAUCAUUUUUCAGCCCUGCUCAGUUGCAGACUGUUAUCCUAAAGAGAAAUCAGAUAGAUUCAACGUUAGACUUUGGUACCAGCUUUAGCAACCAGUUGGAGUUUGUUGAUUUACAAUACAACAACAUAGAUGCUUAUAAACAACCAUCUUCUAACACACUCAUCCAAGUAAUAUUGGCAGAUAAUCCAGUGUGCCAGGAAGGGGGUAACAGGCCAAGUUACUGCUCAGCAAUCCCACCCAAUACCUCAUAUUCUACAAUCCCAUCAACAUGCCCUCCGUGUGAUCAGGGCAGGGAAGCAAGUCCUUCGUGCCGCUGCGCACAUCCAAUAACAGGAACACUCUACUUCAGAUCUCCUUCCUUCUCAGGGUUGUUCAACUCCACCAACUUCGAAAUUCUCCAGAAGGCUAUAGCAAAUUUCUUUAAGAAGUCUAGUUAUCCUGUGGACUCCGUAGCCGUCAGAAACAUAAGAGAGAACGCUACCGAUCAUCAGCUUCUAAUAGAUCUCUUAGUCUUUCCGUUGGGAAGGGAGAGUUUUAAUGAUACAGGAAUGUCACUUGUUAAUUUUGCCUUUAGUAAUCAGACUUACAAACCUCCUCCUAUAUUUGGCCCUUAUGUAUUCAGAGCCGAUCCUUACAAUCAAUUAGCUGAUGGAGGAGGAGGUUCCAACUCAUCAAGCAUGGGCAUUAUAAUCGGAGCAGCAGUUGGUGCUGUGGUUCUUCUAUUGCUGCUAACUUUAGCUGGGGUUUACGCUCUCAGGCAAAGGAAGAGAGCAGACAGAGCAACUGAUCAAAACAAUCCAUUUGCCAAAUGGAAUACGAGUAAGAGCAGUAUCGAUGCUCCACAGCUAACGGGAGCAAAAGCUUUUACUUUUGAAGAGUUGAAGAAAUGUACAGAAAACUUUUCAGAGUCAAAUGAUGUUGGGGGUGGAGGUUAUGGCAAGGUUUACAGAGGGAUUCUUCCUUCUGGACAACUCAUAGCGAUCAAAAGAGCUCAACAAGGAUCUUUGCAAGGAGGUUUGGAGUUCAAAACUGAGAUUGAACUUCUUUCAAGAGUCCAUCAUAAGAAUGUUGUCAGACUCUUGGGUUUCUGUUUCGAUAGAAGUGAGCAAAUGCUUGUAUACGAGUACAUUCCAAAUGGAUCUCUUAGAGACAGUUUAUCAGGUAAGAGUGGGAUUAGACUUGAUUGGACAAGAAGGCUUAGAAUAGCACUUGGUUCAGGGAAGGGUCUGGCUUAUCUUCACGAGCUUGCUGAUCCUCCAAUCAUACACAGAGACAUCAAAUCAAACAAUAUAUUACUUGAUGAAAAUCUUACUGCUAAGGUUGCUGAUUUCGGCCUCUCCAAAAUUGUGGGAGACCCUGAGAAAACACAUGUGACAACACAAGUGAAAGGAACGAUGGGAUACUUGGAUCCUGAGUAUUACAUGACAAAUCAGUUGACCGAGAAGAGUGACGUGUAUGGGUUUGGUGUGGUGAUGCUUGAGCUGUUAACCGGCAGAAGUCCCAUAGAGAGAGGUAAAUACGUGGUGAGAGAGGUGAAGACCAAGAUGAAUAAGUCCAGAAGUUUGUAUGACCUCCAAGAACUGUUGGACACUACAAUCAUCGCAAGCAGCAGCAAUCUUAAAGGGUUUGAGAAAUAUGUAGACUUGGCUCUGAGAUGCGUGGAGGAGGAAGGAGUGAAUAGACCAUCGAUGGGUGAGGUUGUGAAAGAGAUUGAGAAUAUAAUGCAGCUUGCGGGUUUGAACCCGAACGCUGAUUCAGCAUCUACUUCGAGAACGUACGAGGAAGCAUGCAAAGGAUCCGGUGAUCCUUAUGGCAAGGACUCCUUUGAGUACAGUGCGGAUUUCCCAGCUUCAAAGCUCGAACCCCAAUGAUCGAUUGUGUUAUUUUUAAUAUUUUGUAAUUGACUUCAUACUCGAAAUGCCUUGUGAAUGUCAGAAUUUGCAUGAUUUGAUUUGCUGCUAUGUGUCACUAGUUUAUAAAGUGUUAGCACGACUAACUUUUGUUGUUGUUCCCCACCUAGUAGAGAAAUGAGGCAAAACUCAGAAUUAAAAUUACCA